GGGGUGGAGGGACAUGAAGUACAGAUGAAGUGGACGGAACGAAGUGUUCUGAAGAAAACUUCAGCAACUAGGUGGAAAAGAGGUAUUUCCGGUGACGGAUUGAACGUCUGGCGACGGCGGACUGAAACUACAGAACAGCGAGAGAGGGAGAGUGAGAGAAGGCGAGAAGAGGAAAGCAGAGUUGCGGGGGGGAGGGAACAUGAGUGGAACUUAACUAGGCUGCAGCUAAACAAACUUCUCACCAAAUGUUAGCCCGCUAAUCCUUGUAUCCUUGUCCAAAUAGACAAACCGACUGCAGUUUUGCCCCUUUUUAAAAACAUUUGUUGUUUUAGUUUUGGAACGCUGGAAGUUUCUAAAUUGAAAUUUAUCGCCUAGAGAAGCCAGAUGUCAGCCAACAGCAGCAACUCAUCUCCUCCCGUGUCGCAGAAAUUGUUACCGCCAGUGUUGCCGUUGCCUGCCUCCUCGCCGACCCCAUCGCUGUCCCCGCCCGCUAGCGGUGUAUUGUCUGGCCGGCUUUCCAACGGGAGCCUCAGCGCCCCGAGUCCCACCAAUUCCCGGGGAUCCUUCAACGGCGUCUCCUUCCUCCUGCAGAUCGGCCUCACCCGGGAACCAGUUACCAUCGAGGCUCAGGAUAUCUCCCUCUCCGCCGUCAAAGACCUUGUUUGCUCUAUUGUGGAUCAAAAGUUCCCAGAAUGUGGCUUUUUUGGAAUGUAUGACAAGAUCUUACUCUUUCGCCAUGACCUCAAUUCUGAGAACAUCCUACAGAGGCUGAUAUCAGCAGAAGAAAUUCAUGAAGGGGACUUGAUUGAGGUUGUUCUUUCUGCACUAGCUACUGUUGAAGAUUUCCAGAUCCGACCACAUGCCCUUUAUGUGCACUCUUACAAAGCCCCAACUUUCUGUGACUACUGUGGAGAAAUGUUAUGGGGAUUAGUACGACAGGGCUUGAAAUGUGAAGGAUGUGGUCUCAACUAUCACAAACGAUGUGCCUUCAAAAUCCCAAAUAACUGCAGUGGAGUGAGGAAGAGGCGCCUGUCCAAUGUGUCUUUGCCCGGGCUCUCUGUUCCAAGGCCCGCACCAUCGGAUUCUGUGUCAGAGGAGGGGCUAUAUCCAGGGAUACAACCAAGAAGUGAUGAAAUUCGUUUAAUUAAGCGUUGUCACCAAGAAACCAGCAAAAGAAUUCCCUCAUGGAGUGGACGCCCAAUCUGGAUGGAAAAAAUGGUGUUGGGGAGGGUGAAAGUACCACAUACCUUUGUCAUACACUCUUAUACACGUCCCACGAUUUGUCAGUACUGCAAGCGGUUAUUGAAAGGACUGUUUCGACAAGGAAUGCAAUGUAGGGACUGCAAGUUUAAUUGUCACAAGCGAUGUGCAUCAAAGGUGCCCAGGGAUUGUCUUGGUGAAGUUGUUUUUAAUGGAGAACCAGCCAGCCCAGGACCUGACUCUGAUAUGCCCAUGGAGGUAGAUAGCAGUGACAUGAACAACGAUGGGAGUAGAAUGUUGGAUGAUACAGAAGAGCCGUCCACCUCAGAAGAAAAGUUGUAUUUUAUGGACUCAUCUGAUCUAGAUGGUGACAAAGAUGAAGAACCUGUCAGAACAAUCAGUCCUUCAACAAGCAACAAUAUUCCUCUCAUGAGAGUAGUACAGUCUGUCAAGCACACAAAGAGGAAGAGCAGCACAAUGGUGAGAGAAGGUUGGAUGGUCCACUACACCAGCAAAGACAAUCUAAGAAAAAGACAUUACUGGAGGCUAGAUAGCAAGUGCCUUACACUGUUUCAGAAUGACACUGGAGCCAAGUACUACAAGGAAAUCCCACUGUCAGAAAUCCUGCAGUUGGAUCCACCUCGGGAUUUUACAAAUCUGGCUCAAGGCAGCAACCCUCACUGCUUUGAGAUCAUAACUGACACCAUGGUUUAUUAUGUUGGAGAGAAUCUCGGAGGCAACUACCAGAAUCAUGCCCUGGCAGCCACAGGAGUAGGUUUAGAUGUUGCUCAGAGCUGGGAGAAGGCCAUUCGUCAGGCCUUGAUGCCAGUCACUCCACAAGCCAGCGUGUGCACCACUGCAGGACAAGGCAAAGAGCACAAAGAUCUAUCUCUCAGCAUUUCUGUAUCGAACUGCCAAGUCCAGGAGAAUGUGGAUAUCAGUUCUGUGUACCAAAUCUUUGCUGACGAGGUGCUGGGUUCAGGGCAGUUCGGAAUAGUUUAUGGUGGAAAGCACAGAAAGACUGGAAGGGAUAUGGCAAUCAAAGUGAUUGACAAGAUGAGAUUCCCCACAAAGCAAGAAAGUCAGCUUCGCAAUGAGGUGGCCAUCCUUCAGAACCUUCAUCAUCCUGGAAUUGUAAAUCUUGAGUGUAUGUUUGAAACUCCUGAAAGAGUCUUCGUCGUCAUGGAAAAACUUCAUGGAGACAUGCUGGAAAUGAUUCUAUCCAGUGAGAAAAGUCGACUGCCAGAGCGUGUCACCAAAUUUUUAGUCACACAGAUUCUGGUGGCAUUACGACACUUACACUUUAAGAACAUCGUACACUGUGACCUUAAGCCUGAGAAUGUACUACUUGCCUCAGCAGAUCCUUUCCCUCAGGUAAAACUCUGUGACUUUGGAUUUGCUCGUAUUAUUGGUGAAAAAUCUUUCCGACGAUCUGUGGUGGGAACCCCAGCCUACCUAGCACCAGAAGUCCUCCGGAGCAAAGGCUACAAUCGAUCCCUUGAUAUGUGGUCCGUAGGGGUUAUAAUCUAUGUGAGCCUCAGUGGCACUUUCCCUUUCAAUGAAGAUGAAGAUAUUAAUGACCAGAUUCAAAAUGCAGCAUUUAUGUAUCCACCAAAUCCAUGGAAAGAAACCUCUAGCGAAGCCAUUGAUCUAAUUAACAAUCUGUUACAAGUAAAAAUGAGGAAACGUUACAGUGUGGACAAAUCUCUGAGUCAUCCUUGGUUACAGGAUUAUCAGACCUGGCUGGAUCUCCGAGAGUUUGAGACCAGGAAAGGAGAGCGUUACAUCACACAUGAAAGUGAUGAUGCACGAUGGGAGGAAUAUUCCCUGGAACAUAAUCUCCAGUACCCCAAGCACUUCAUCAUGGCACCGAAUUUAGAUGAUAUGGAAGAAGAUCCUUAAUGUAUCAAACUGAACAAACUGCCAUGACUGAUUAACAUCACAGCUCUGUUGUGGAAAUAUACUGCCACUGGGGUAAAGGAAGCCAAGACUUGUUGCUGCUUGACGUACAGCACAGCCAAAGUGGAUUAGAUACUGCCCAGCUCUUUACAUCAGUCCAUGUGACAAUAAUGAGGGAUGAUGUAAAUGAAGACUAUGUAAGCCUGUAGCAUAUUUCAGUUACACAGGUGCAGACUUGGUGACUGGUGUAUGUGGACAAUUGAAUGCUGUGAGCUUUAGAUUUUAAACCAAACAUUCCUUUUCUAGUAUUUAGCUGGUUUAAUACUAUCCACCCAAGUACCUCCUCUGGUAACUAGUCACUUUGUACCAAGCCAUAAAUGUACUUGUUUACUAAAUGCAAAGCUAGAUCAGAUAAUCUUUUUUUCAUAAGUGUUUUAUUUUUUACAAGAUAGAAAGUUACAGCGAAAAAUUGUCCAUUGCAGGACAAGGGCUAUUGCUUGGACCAAAUUCAGUUUAAAUAAGGAUUUCCUCUUACUAAAGUUGAUUGGUACUUUGAGUAAAUCAUCAGUUUGUUCCAUUUUGUACACAUGAUUGAGACAGUAUUUACACAUGAAGGGUCUCUUACGAAAUGACAUUAUCACCUUCUUUGAUUACUUUGUAAAGUUGAUGUCAUUGAGUUACCAAAACUUCCUUGUGUGUAAGUUUUAUGAGAUAAUAUAAAGCUAUAGCAUCUCUUUCCUAAUGCUGAGUAUAACAUUGGCAGAGCAAUAUCUCCAGUAGUCACUCAGUUGCUGAUCCAUUUGUACUAUGGUUCAAAAUAUGACAGUCAGUGUUACAAUGAAGUGAUAUUGAUUGGAUUAGAAUGAAGAAAUGGUGCUAAAGGAGGAAUACUGGAGUGCUAAAAUCCACUUACAUCUGGGACCCAUUACACUAGAUUAAGCUAUAAAUUCUACAGUGGAGCAAUGAUGCAGCUCGAGGGCGCACAUUUUCUGGAGUUUUAGUUGGAAACACAUACUUUAUUGGCAUCUUGCCACCUGAAGGCACUGUGGAGACAUUUUGCUUUGAAGGUGCCAGGAAGUCUACUCAUUUAUGUAACUCCCAGUGGUGACUGGUACUGUUGUUAACAAUGUAGAUUUUGUCUUGUCAUCUCUUCAUGAUAGCAGGACAAAUCCCAUCUGUGUGAAGCCCAUCAUUUUCAUUUUAUUAACAGUUUUAAGAUGCUGCAGGUCCAAGUUCCACAAAUUAAUAAUGAGUCACUUCUGUCAGCUGCUACCAAUCGGAUUAUUGAUUGCAGGAAUGACUAAGUAGUACUCUGUGCUUGCAUCUGAACAAUCAAAUGAAGAUCUUUGCCACAUCAUUCCAACCAGAGUGCAGUAUUAAUGGGCAUACAAGAAAAGAAAUAAUGGUUGAAUGGCCUUGUUGUUUAUGAUACCAAGAAGGUACACAUUCCCAUUGCAGACAAAAGCCUGGAUGAGCAUUCGUAUUAUGAUGAGUCCAGCUUCUACUUAUCUGCUCCCUUAUUCUUGAGACAGUGCAAUUCUUGAAUAGUUGAGGCCUUUGACUUCAAACUUCACAUAAAAAUAAUUUGUCUCUGAACUGGUGGAAUAUGGCAGGGCUGGUGUGGUGGAUGUGGGUAGGGCAAGUCCUGCUUCUUAUUGCAGUUUUAUUAAGAGGAGUUUUUCAAGAAAUGUGUACUUUUAAAAUCCUGUAUAGAUGAAGCCCGUGGCACAGCCUUUUAUCUUAAACUAUCAGUUCAACCCAAACUCUUGAGAAAUUUCACAGGAUGAAAUGCAUAAUUUGAAGAUAGGCUAUGCAAUUUGAAAGAAAACAUGAUAGCUAUCUCCCUGUCAAUAGCAUGUGCUUGUGUCCUUACUGUGUGCACUGUGAUGUACAUACAUGUCUAAUUGACAUUAAAUAUUCCACUCGUACGUGUUUUUAUUCAAAAAUACUUUAUAUUUCCCUUCUGAAGUUGGACAGCAUUUUUGUAAAUCGUGUAAUGAAAUUUCAACAGUUUGUUUUUUUAACCAGAUGUGUACCUUUGAUAAAAAUAAAUAUCACAGCAUACAACAGCAAUAUUUUAAGGAUUAAAAAUUAUAGGUGAGAAAUGAAAGAUUGAACAGUAUGUUGCAUUGACAAGCACUCCUAUUACAAAUAGCAAUCGACUGUUGCUUUUCAAUAUAGGCAGGCCUAAAGAAUGAUUGGCAAUCAGUUAAAGUUCAUUUUUCCCCUGACAACAGAUGCCUGUUGACAAUUAAACGUUUUGCUGCUUAAUGUCAGUGCUGCAUCUGUGAGGUUCAUGAGAUCACAGGUAGUAUCAAUCAGGCUUGCAGAGGUAGCUGGCUGUAUCAGCAGCCUCCCAUUCAUAUAAGGUUGAACUGCAGCCUCUUUUAUUCCACAACUGGAAACUAAUAAUGAAUGGAUUUGAAAAGUAGAAUUUUUCCAGUAAACAUUUUCAACUGGGUGUAUUCAUUGCUUCAUAGUGUCCAUUGUGAAGGGUGCCUUGAAGCUGAGUUUUCUUUUGUUUGGGAGAGACAAGAGUCCAUGUUGCCCAAGUAGAAGCAUGCAAGUACUAGCUUCAUAUAUGUUGAUAUUUGUAUGAACCUCAAAUAGUGCAGUAUCAGCGGAAAUUCCAGUUUCUCUGCAAUACUGUUGCAAUUCACAUUUUCCACCAAAACGUCCAGCUUAUUGUAUACAUGUAAAUCCGAGAACACAGUGAAUUGCUUUCAAUGUUAAUAUUGUUAUUUUCAAAACACUUUCAUUGACUUAUCCCAUUCUAUUUGAGAAACCUUCUCCAGCCUUCAAUCUCAAUCUGCAGCCUCAAGUUCUUUGACUCUAAAUCUUAAGUUCUAGAUUUACUGGAACAUCAGAGAUGGAUAUUACAUUUACAUAUAGACCUGUCAUUCUUUGCUAAAUUCAUCUCACCUAUUGCAAUUCUUCAUGAUUUUAUGCAGCUACUAAAAACCUCUUCAACUGUGCCUUAAAUCAUUUCCCUGUCUCUAAGUUCCUACAUUUCUUGUUGAUGCCUACCUUCCACAUCUGUAAAAUGUUGUUUUAUGUGAUAAAUGGAAUAGAAAUGCAAAUUGCUGGCAAACUAUUUUUCCACAUAUCAAAAAAGCUGGCCCUUUAUAAAAAGACACAUUGUCACAAAAUAAAAGUAUAUGAUUUAACUGAUCUGUAUGGACCUUUUAAAUUCAUUUU